AUGGCGUGCGUGUCUUGCCGCGAGAGCAAAGUCAAGUGUGACGGGGCCCAACCUGCGUGCUCCAACUGCGCCAAUCGGAAUCGCGAAUGUCGCUAUCAAGCAUUCGACAAGAGGAAAUUACCCCUCCGCGUCGCAAUUGAGUUGCUUUCAAGUCGGGUAGAUCAACUAUGUUGCUUUAUUCGAAAUAACGGCUUGCAACCGCCAUCCAUGUCACAAGAUAAGGACACCGCUCUGAAAAAGGUCCUGGAGAUGCUGGGAAUGGCCGAGGUAAAUUCAACUUUGGCGCAGCCGGUUGGAAAACCGCUUCCAAAGGCCGAUGCUCAGGACAUUCCAGCGUUGCCAGACGCAGCCGAACUCUGCGCCCCUAAUGUGCCUCUCGGCCAGGAACUGCCUGGGACUCAACCAAGCAACAACCAAGGCUGGAAUCUCGAGCUCGGCACAGACCCAUCAGUUCUACCUGCCUCUCCAAGCACGCACAAUUUCCUCACGCAAGCAUCCCCUAACGACCCGCUACGUGCAGCACUCGAAGGUAUACCUGAACCAUUCGAAUUCAUAAUUGGCGAUGACGACCAAACAUUGGUGGAAGAUCCCAGCGGCCCAGAGGAUAUAGAAGGUCUGAUCGAUGAGCUCUCGGACCGAGUCGGAACACUGCAAGUCGGGCCUGGAGGGCAAACGCAGUUCUACGGCCCGACAUCGACAUUUAACUUAGCCGAUAUGCUGGCUACAGCCAACUCUGGGACGAACCUCGCUCAAAAUAAUGCGUUGGACUGCUUAGGUCGCCUCGGAAGCAACAAACCUGUUCCUGCGGCCCUCGAAGAGCACCUAACGAAUCUCUACUUCAGCUGGCAGGAUCCGUCGUUCCAUGUGGUGGAUCGGAAGAUGUACCAUGAGGCCAAAGCAAAAUGGUAUGCCAUGGGAGACACCCCGUACUACUCCGAGUCACUGCGGAAUGCCAUGUGCGCUUUAGGAGCUUCCUUUGAGACUCGCUAUCAUCCGGACUUCGUAACGUUCCCAAAAUCACUGGUCGAUUUCUUCGGGGACCGCGCAAAAGCUCUCCUGGAAGUCGAGCUGGACUGCCCCUGCAUCGCUACCGUCCAAGCUCUGGUUAUAUGCAGCAGCCUCGAGGUAGGGAGAGGAAGGGAAGCACGAGGGUGGCUCUACAGUGGUAUGGCGAUUCGACUCGCUUUCAACUUAGCCCUACAUCUGGACAUGUCCUCCUACGUUUCCAGCGGAGUCAUCUCUACAGCAGAAGCAGACCUGCGCCGAACAGUCUUCUGGGCUGCGUAUACUGUUGACCACCAGCUAGGAUUCCACCUCGGCCGCCCCUUCCGCACAAACAUGGAAGACGUAACCGUCGGCAAGCCGACUGCCAAUACUGCCCACCGAGAACAAGGCAGAUGGAUGCCCUACGUAUCUCAGGGCUCUGUAUACGCGGGAACCGGUGUCCCAGACUCCAUGGAAGCAAUAUGCGAAGAACAAGUGACACUUUGCGAAACCAUGGCGCCCAUGGGCGAUUUCCUCUACGGAACAUCAAGUAUCUCCAAAACCGUCCUGCAACGCCUCAACGAAAAAAUCGUCGCAAAGCUCCUAACCUGGAAAGCGAACCUCCCGCCCUCCCUGCAAAUCGACCUAGACGACACCAUCGCAACUCCAUACACACCCCAGAUCCUCCUCCUGCACAUGCAGUACCACCAAAACAUCAUCUACGCGCACCGUCCCUGGAUGUCCAAAUCGCACCUGCAGCCCCAGCCCCCACAGGGCCCGGGCCACGGGCACGCCCGCGAAAUGUGCAUCCAGGCGGCCCUCGCCAUUGCGCGGAUCCUGGCCAUGUAUGAGGCGCGGUAUACCCUGCGCAGGGUGCACACGAAGGCGGUGGCGAUCACGUCGUCCGCUGUGCUGCUGCUGCUUUUCGCGGCGGUUACGCAGUAUCGGCCUUGUAGCGCCGGUGAUAAGCAUGGUGGGAUAGCGGGGCAUCUGAGUACGUGCUUUCGGGCGCUGGAUGAGUUUGCGAUUUCGUGGCCGAGUGCGGCGAGGGCGAAGGAUCUGUUGUUGAGGCUGCAGCGGCGGUGGGAGAUCAGGACGCGUUCUAAUAAAGGGGGAUACGGACUUGGACGAGCCUUUUCCGGUACAGAACAGCCGUUGGGUUCGGCUGGGCUUCAUGGAAUGAAUGCUCAAGGCUUUGAAGCACCCUGCGAGCAUCUAGAGCCGCAGGAUAUUAACAUCGACACCGAUAUUGACUGGAUGCUUAUGCCUGAAGGACAGUCGUCAUCUGAUAAUAGCGCCGCGGACCUCUACUCAUUGCUUUCUAACCACGUGGCCAUGCAUCCGGAACGUGGGAGUAUCUAA